UUAGGCUCGCAUAGUCGCAUCGUUGAAUACUCCAUAGUCCAUCCUCUUCUAAAUACUUCAACAAUGGCGACAAUGGCGACGCAACACCAUUUUCUCUCAUUCAGUCCUUCAUACUCCUUUCAAACUCCUUCCCUCCAUUUUUUCAGACCUCACAAUUCUCUCCACUUUAGAAAUUCUUUCCAAACUAACAUACCUAAUCAACAGUAUGCUUCUUCUUCUACUAGCUUUCGAGCAAAAUCAAUGUCCUCUUCAUUGCCUGCUUCUUACAAAAUCUCAGGUACUGAUACUGGUGAUCCUGAGCUGAGGACAGUCCUUGAACUUGCUACUAACUCUGAACUUUUCGAGAUUGAAGAAAUUCUCUUUGGUCCCAGCUACCUUAGUCCUCUUCUGAAGUCCAUGACUAGUGUAGUGGAAUUCGAUCAUUUCAUGAUUGAGGAGGACACUAAAGAGCGAGAUCAUUUUAUUCAAAUUCUCGAGUCUCGAUUCUUAUAUCUCGCUGCUGAUGCUCGUUCUACAUUGAGAGGUUGGAGACCAUCAUAUAGAAAUGUGUUGCUUGAUGUAAGAAAAGAAUUGAAAAUUUCUUGUUCCACAAAAUUAUCUACGGAAGACUUAGAGGUGGAAAUCUUUAUUCAUCUACUUAAGGAAUGUUCAAGAGACAGUGAUACUGCUGCUGCUAUAAGAACUGGGACUGCUGAACUAUGUUCUAUGCUUCUUAAAGGCGGCCAAUUAAUUUCCUUGUUGAAGAUUUCUGAAUUGGUAUCAACAAGGUUGUCAGGAAAAAUACUUACUGAAGCAGCCGUACAUAAGCUAAAUAAAGAAGUUGUAAAGAAGGGGGUUACUAGAGCUGCAUCAAAUCUUUUUGGAUUUCAGAGUUUGUCUGCAUUUAUUGGUCCAGUUUUAAGGUCUUUGGCGGAAGUUAAUGCAUUGGACAUUAGCACCCUCCGGUCCUCCCUGAAUAUAAAGCAAUUGUUUCAUAUCAUAAACUGGUGUGGGGAACAUUUUUGGCGGACAUUGUCAUCCAAAUGCUGGGAACUGAUUAUAUUAGGAUCCUGCAAGCUAUUAAUGUCUUUUCUCAGAUCCGUAUUCUUCGCAGACACGGUCUACACUUGGAUAGACUGAAAGCUAAAAUUUGAGAAGGUGCUGCAUUUUCUCAAUCUCUUUGUGUACAUUAUCCGAAAUGUUUUCUGCUUGAAGAAACAGAGUCGAAAUUGAGUCGAAGUUAUGCAGGGAUUUGGUUUCGACAAAAUGUUGGUUGCGCUUAAAUAUGUUCGUGUAUGUGUAACCUGUAAAUCGUAACAAGGACUCCAUCUGGGUGUGCUAAUUGCUAACAAUUAGAAGGGAAGUGUUGCAAAUUAUUUUGCACAUUGCAGAUUACUGCUUCAAUCCAAGUGAGUUAUAUGUGCAUUUGGUUGCAAUUUGCAAAUAUGCAAAAUAUGGAAAAGAUGAUGGCUAAGCGGCAACAAUGAUUAGGCAGUUUUUUUGUAAAAGGAAAAGACGACAAUAUUUACAAUGUUAAGGAAAAUGUUAUAUUUUUUGAAUUCUACUUUUAAGUGAAAAUCGAUUUUAAGUACUAUUUUUAGUGAAAAUCGAUUUUAAGUACUAUUUUUUAUAAAAGGUCUUGAGUUUGAUUCU